UUCUGUCUGUCAUACUAAUAGGCGCGGCCAUGUUGGUCUGUGGUGAAUAAAAUCGAGAUAAUUUGCUUUUAGAGAAUUAAAAUUGACACAAUAUGCCCAAAUGCGACCUCAAGACCAGAUACAUCCCCGCGACAUUCGCCUGGACACUACUUUUGGGAACGACUUCUCUGUUUUUUUAUUUUCCAUGCCAGUAUUAUCUCCACCGACACCCAUGGGUACCUGCAUACCAAGGUGUCAUAACCUUUUUUGUUUUGGCCAAUUUUACACUGGCCACUUUCAUGGACCCGGGUGUGAUACCAAAAGCUCCACCUGACGAGGACCGCGAGGACGACUUCCGCGCGCCGCUGUACCGCAGCGUGGAGAUCAACGGCAUCACCGUGCGAAUGAAGUGGUGCGUCACCUGCAAGUUCUAUCGACCGCCGCGCUGCUCGCAUUGCUCCGUAUGCAACCAUUGCAUAGAGACAUUUGACCACCACUGUCCGUGGGUGAACAACUGCAUCGGACGGCGGAAUUAUCGAUUCUUCUUUUUCUUUCUAAUCUCGCUCUCGAUACACAUGCUCAGCAUAUUCGGCUUCAGCCUGUACUUCGUUAUGUAUAACAAGAACCUCACGCAGGUUGAGCCUAUCGUCUCUAUGGUGAUAAUGGGUGUAAUAGUUCUAUUAGCUAUUCCCAUCUUCGGUCUGACGGGGUUCCAUAUGGUGCUGGUGUCGCGCGGUCGCACCACCAACGAGCAGGUGACGGGCAAGUUCACCGGCGGGUACAACCCUUUCUCUAAGGGUUGUUGGUAUAAUUGCUGUUAUACGCAGUUCGGACCACAAUAUCCUAGUCUGGUCCGUCCUUCGAAGUACAUCUACAAGGGCGGCAAGAAGCGUCGCGAGCCGGGCAUGGUGGGCCAGUCGGCGUCCGCUAUCUCAACCAUAGCGACCGACACGCACCAGGUAAAGACGUACACGGCGGACAACGGCAGUGCGCACCGGGCCCUCGGCGCGCACGCGCACUACAACAAGCUGUCGCCGGGGCGCGAGGAGCACGAGGCUGAGGGUGAGCUGGAAGGCCCGGGCGCGUCUCAGAGCGCGGACUGCGAGCCGACGCCGCCGCCGCUGCAGCGCCGCGGCUCGGCCGCCAACUUGUUCCCUCCGCCGGAGAGACAGCCGCGCGCGCACCACUACCCGCGCCUUAGCCCGCUGCCCAGGAACACCGGUCACGGCACGACGACGUCCGGUUACCGGGUGGUGAUGGAGCCGCUGCGGUACGAGACGGGGGCGAACGGCGCGCGGCCCUCGCCCACAAUGCAGCAGCGCAUCAAGGCGCUCGGUGUGCCCACGCCGCUCGCGCUCAGCAGCCCCGUGCGCAGGUAACACCUCACACGCCUCACACGCCUCACAUGCCUCACACACCUCAUAUGUCACACACCACACACAUGCCGCCUCAUACAUGCCCGACAAGCCUCACUUGAUUCUCACGUUCGUCAUACGUACCUCACACAUGCCUCAUACGUGCCUCAAUACUCUAACGCACGCUGAAUUGUAAUACAUGGAAAAAACACAAUAUAUGUCAAGUACCAGAAUGCUGAUAUCAAUUUUCUUG